ACUGUUAGAAUGAUCCUUAAUUUAUCUUCUAUCUCAUUAUAUAAUUAAACCUGCUAGACAUUUAUAUAUGAUGAACUGACAAACCCUUCUUCGACAAGCACCUAGCUUGUAGUGCUCACAGAAAUAACCAUGGGCGAAGAAUCAGAGUAUCAAACACCGCUACUAGAACUUGACUCUCACUCACGUAUUCGAGAUUUGUCUUCUGUUACAAUUGAAGAAUUCUUGGAGCACGGGCCUGUGGCUGUCCGAUGGUGGCCACGUCUAGUUGCAUGGGAAUCAAGGCUCCUUUGGAUCCUAUCUGGCUCAUCUAUUAUUGUUUCCGUGGCCACCUUCAUGCUUAGUUUCGUGACCCAGAUGUUUUCAGGGCAUUUGGGUGCAUUAGAGCUUGCCGGGGCAUCUAUUGCCAAUGUAGGAAUUCAGGGUCUUGCUUAUGGCAUAAUGCUCGGCAUGGCCAGUGCGGUGCAAACUGUCUGUGGCCAAGCAUAUGGAGCCAAAAAGUACUCAUCAAUGGGCAUCAUAUGCCAAAGAGCAAUUAUUUUGCACCUGGGAGCAGCUUUCCUCCUCACAUUCCUAUACUGGUUUUCAGGGCCAGUUCUGAUAGCUAUUGGGCAAACAGAGAGCAUAGCUGAGCAGGGCGAAAUUUUCGCUCGUGGCCUGAUACCUCAGCUAUAUGCAUUUGCAUUAAGCUGCCCUAUGCAGAGGUUUCUCCAAGCUCAGAACAUAGUAAACCCUCUAGCAUACAUGUCUGUUGCGGUAUUCCUAGUCCACAUCCUUCUCUCAUGGAUUGUUGUUUAUGUACUGGAAUAUGGUCUCUUGGGAGUAGCUCUAACACUGAGCUUCUCUUGGUGGUUAUUCGUCAUCUUAAAUGGACUUUACAUUGUCCUGAGCCCAUCUUGCAAGGAAACCUGGACUGGCUUAUCUGUCAGUGCCUUCACAGGAAUUUGGCCUUAUUUUAAGCUUACAGUCUCGUCUGCUGUCAUGCUUUGUUUGGAGAUAUGGUACAGCCAAGGACUGGUACUUGUAUCAGGACUCCUCCCUGAUCCAACAGUAUCACUAGACUCCAUUUCUAUAUGCAUGAACUACUUGAACUGGGACAUGCAAUUCAUGCUAGGCCUGAGCGCAUCUACCAGCGUUCGGGUUGGUAAUGAACUAGGGGCAGGUCAUCCGAAGGUAGCGAAAUUGUCAGUGAUGGUGGUAAAUGGCACUAGCAUUGUAAUUAGUAUAAUUUUCAGUGCGAUAGUUUUGAUUUUCCGAGUUGGGUUAAGCAAACUCUUUACAACCGAUAAAGAGGUUAUAGAAGCAGUUUCUGAUUUGACUCCCCUGCUUGCCAUCUCUGUUUUCUUAAAUGGUAUUCAGCCUAUACUGUCAGGUGUGGCCAUUGGGAGUGGAUGGCAAGCUACUGUAGCUUACGUUAACCUGGCCACUUAUUAUGUAAUUGGUCUCCCAAUUGGAUGUGUCCUUGGCUUCAAAACCAGCUUAGGAGUUGCUGGGAUCUGGUGGGGGAUGAUCGCUGGAGUUCUCUUGCAAACAAUAACUUUAAUUAUUCUUACUGCCAGAACAAAUUGGGAUACUGAGGUUCAGAAUGCAGCUGAACGUUUGAAGAAAUCAGCAAAUGAAGAUUUCUCUGGCUUGGUGGAGGCCAUCUAAUGACAUUUCAAUCGAUUCCCACCUUUUCUAUUUUGUUUUAGAGUUCUUGGAGAUGAAUUUAAUUCCAAUAAUCAAUUUUGUAGCUUUAAAUUCUCUAGAGAGGUGUUGAUUUGAAUUCUAAAUAGAAUUUAUUUGUUAGAGUAAUUUGACA